AUGAGGUUCGUCUCACUUGCCGUAGGGGCAGGCUUGGUAGGCUCUACAGGCGCCUCCUCGCAUUCUUCUAAUCUGGGCUUGCUCAAAGCCAAUGGUGUUGCACUUGGAAACUGGGAAGCUGCCUAUGAGAAAGCAUCCACAUUUGUUGCUGGCCUAACGACUGAUCAGAAGCUGGCUUUGAUUACAGGUAGCAAUGUUGAGUCGACUAAUGGAAACUUCACUGCCCUCUACUUUCUCGAUGGCGAUAUGGGUCUUCAAGACUUCUAUUAUGUUUCUGCUUUCAGCUUGUCCACGGCUCUUGUCAUGACCUGGGAUCGCGACGCUAUUUAUGCUCAGGCUAAAGCCGUCGGGUCAGAGUUCUACAACAAGGGCGUCCAAGUGGUGGCUGGACCCACAUCUCAGCCAUUGGGGCGUACCCCUUGGGGUGGCCGUGGCGUUGAAGGGUUUGGCCCUGAUCCUUAUCUCAAUGGCUUGGCUACUGGCCUCACCACCAAGGCCUAUGUUGACGUUGGAGUGAUUCCGGGUGGUAAGCACUUCCUUUUAUACGAGCAAGAAACCAACAGGACCUCCGGUCCUGGUAGCAAUGGAGAGGGGUCUCCCUAUUCCUCUAAUGCGGACGACAAAACCAUCCAUGAAACAUAUCUGUGGCCAUUCUACGAUGCAGUGAAAAAUGGCCUCGGGGCGGUGAUGUGCGCAAUGACUAAGGUCAAUGGCACACUAGCAUGUGAGAAUUCUGAUCUUCUGAUGAAGACAUUAAAAACGGAACUUGGUUUCCCCGGUAUGGUCUGGCCUGACAUGAAUGGUCAAAAGAGUGCCAAAGAAUCAGCCUUGGGCGGCGAGGACUAUGGAUCGAGCUCUAUCUGGAGUACCUCGACUAUGGAAAGUUAUUUAUCCAACGGUACCAUUACCGAGGCUCGCUUGGACGACAUGGCCAUCAGAAACCUGAUCGCCUACUAUCACGUUAACUUGGACAACGGCCUCCAGCCCACAAGGAAAACGACAGAUGCCUAUGUGGACGUCAGAGCUAAUCAUUCGAAGUUGAUUCGCGAGAAUGGAGCGAAGUCCAUGGCUUUGUUGAAGAACGAGGGUGUGCUACCGCUGAAGAAGCCCCGUGUUAUGAGCAUCUUUGGAGCUCACGCUGGCCCUGCCAUGGGCGGUCCCAAUAGUAAUAUCAAUGUUAUGGGCUCCGGUCCGACCUAUCAGGGCCAUUUGGCGACUGGCUCAGGAUCCGGGAUGGCAUCUCUUCCUUAUUUGAUCACUCCUUAUGGUGCACUGACUAAUAAAGCGUCCCAAGAUGGAACCAUACUGCGUUGGAUCUUGAACGACACUUAUAGCUCUAGUGGAGGAUCUUCUCUGGUUCCAUCGAGCACGUCCUCUACUGCCGUGGAACCGUCCUUUGAAAACUUUGCCGCGGGAUCUGAUAUCUGCCUUGUCUUCCUAAAUGCCCUGGCUGGAGAAGGUGCCGAUCGUACUGAACUAUGUAACGCGGACCAAGACUCCAUGGUGAACACAGUCGCAGAUAACUGCAACAACACAGUGGCAGUGGUCAAUACCGUUGGACCGCGACUGCUGGAUCAGUGGAUCGAGCACGACAACGUUACCGCUGUUCUUUAUGGGUCUCCUCUCGGACAGGAGUCGGGUAACUCGAUCGUGGACCUCCUCUAUGGCGACGCCAACCCAUCCGGUCGUCUUGUCCAUACCAUUGCCAAAAAUGAGAGUGACUACAAUGUUGGACUUUGUUAUACCUCUCAAUGUAACUUCACUGAAGGAACCUACCUCGACUACCGCUAUUUCGACGCCCACAACAUCACCCCAAGAUAUCCCUUCGGCCACGGUCUCUCCUAUACCACCUUCCACUACUCAGAUUUAGCCAUCAAAACCCCAUCUUCCGUAGCCAAAGCUCCCAAAGGCAACCUCACCGUGGGCGGCCACAGCGACCUCUGGGACGUCGUGGGAACCGUCUCCGCCCGCAUUUCCAACAACGGCACACUUGCCGGCGCGGAAGUUCCCCAGCUCUAUCUCGGCUUCCCGGAUUCGGCAGAUCAACCCGUUCGCCAGCUUCGGGGGUUCGAUCGUCUGGAACUCUCUACGGGCCAGGAAGCCAUCGUUACUUUUAACUUGCGUCGUCGGGAUAUUUCUCACUGGGAUGUGAAGACCCAGAAGUGGCUAGUUGCCGGUGGGAAGUAUAGGGUUUCUGUGGGGGCUAGCUCGAGGGAUUUGAGGUUGAAUGGGUCGUUUUUUCUUUGGGUUGGGCAUUAG